AUGAUAAAUAAAUUGCGUGACACCAAGUGGCACGGGGAAGCAGUUGGAGGUGGAUUGGGCUACUGUGGACAACACAAAUCUAAACUGUCGCUUAAAUCAACCAAAGGCAUGGGCGGCAAUGGGAACGACCGGUUCAUUCCUAAAAACACGUCGAAAAAGAGCUAUUACUCAUCUUCACAGCUCAAAAGUUUUCUGGAAUCGCUUGACCAGUUUGUGGACCCGCAGUUGCAGUCGCGAAGUCCUUCUCCAGAGUUCUUUACGGGUCAGGACUUGCCAAUUGAUACACUAUUGACUCCGGAGAUGAGUUCUAUCCUUGAGUCUGGGGGCAAAAAGGGCAAAAAGAAGAUGCCCAAGCAUACAAAACAGCAUAGGAAGUAUAUGGCAGACGCUCUAGGUUUCCCUGAUUCCAAUAGAGUGCUUCAUUUUUCGCAGGCGCAAAGUGGAGGAGGCCAGUAUUCCAAUGGUGAAAUUGAUACUUAUUCUAUACAAACUCCAACCAGUUCUAUAAAACAUGCCAGGGAACAACACUAUCAACAACAGCAGCAGCAAAAUCAACAAAGAAAUAGCAAGAGAGCGGAGUCCAGAGUUCCUUACCGGGUUCUUGAAGCACCACAUCUAAGGAAAGAUUUCUACUCUAAUUUGGUGGAUUGGUCUCCAGUUUCAAACAACGUUGCUGUUGCAUUAGACACAGCGGUUUUCUUAUGGUCAGACAAAGUUGGGGCCUUUCACGUAUUAAGAAGAGAUUACUUGGAAAAAACCUCAGAUACAGUGCAAUGUAUAUCAUUCAGUCCAAACGACUUGAUGCUUGUUGGAACUAAGAGGGGAAAAAUACUUUUAUUCAGCCAGGAAGCAGUGGAGAGCAGCGUUGGAAACGGCCCACCAAAGGCAUUGGCAGAGAUCACAGUGAAAUGUCAAAGCGGUAUAUGCUGCUGUCAGUGGUAUCAGGAUGGGAACCAGUUUAUCGUUGGAACAGAGGUUGGCGUCGUUUAUAAAUUUAACGUCAAGACCGAACUAAUUGUCAUGUCACGCUCGUACAGACGUUCAGACGCCUUACAAGCCAAGAUCAACGGUACAUCACCAGAUAUCAGUUCAAAGAAAAUCAUCAGGACAGUAAGGAUCUCAGAGUCAUGGUCCCUACAUGUGCACUCGCAACAGGUAUGUGGCGCUAAGAUUUGCGAAGACACGAAACAGAUUGCCAUUGGAGGAAAUGACAAUUGUUGUACCAUAUGGAAGUACAACGAAGAUGAUCUAGAUGAGGAACCGGAGUUCCAAUUCAAAUUGAAACACGCAUCUGCAGUAAAAGCAAUGGCAUUCUGCCCCUGGUCAAAGUCACUAUUAGUGACAGGAGGUGGUAGCUACGAUAGACAUUUACGGUUCUGGCACUCCAAGAGUGGCACGUUAUUACGCGAGUUCAAGACUCCAGGCCAAAUUACAUCCAUCAUAUGGUCCAAAAGGCAAAAACAACUAUUGGUCACAUUUGGCUUCACAAACCAAGAAGUGCCCGUGUUCAUAAUAAUGUACAAAUAUCCAUCAAUGGAAGAGAUAAUCAGAAUUAAACAGCCAACCCAAUUAAGGGCACUAACAGCGGCUACUUCUCCAGACGCAAGAAAAAUAUGUGUCGCUUCCGAUGACGAAACGGUAAGAUUCUAUUCCAUUUGGGAAAACUCUUGCGAGGACAUGAUCGAGACUCCCGCAGAUGGCAUAUAUGGAUCCGAAAUAAUCGAGCAUGAAGAAGGAGUAAGUUUGGAAUAUUUGUUGCGUUAG